AUGUACGAGAAUGAAGCCGAUGUAGGAAGAGAACUGAAGAAUUCCGGAUUAAACAGAGAAGAUGUGUUUAUUGUUACAAAGCUCAGUGAAAAUGGUUACAAUCGAUGCAAGAAAAUAUUCAAAGAAAGUUUGGAAAAGCUAGAAGUACCAUGUAUAGAUCUUUACCUCGUGCACUCACCAAAAAGUGGUAAAAUAAUCGAAACAUACAAAGCCAUGUUGGAACUGAAAGAACAAGGUCUUAUUAGAUCAGUAGGUGUAACUAAUUUUGGUAUCCAUCAUUUAGAGGGUAUAAAGUCUCAUGGACUUCCGGUACCAUCAGUUAAUCAGAUAGAACUGCAUCCAUGGCAACAGAAACCGGAUAUAGUUAAAUACUGUAGAGACAAUAAUAUCGCAGUCAUGGGAUAUGCUCCUCUCGUCAAAGGACAAAGAUUUGAUGACGAAACACUUUGUGAGAUGGCAAAGAGAAAUAACAAAUCAGCAGCACAAAUACUUAUAAGAUGGAGUUUACAACAUGGUUUCAUAACAAUUCCUAAAUCUGUACAGUCUGCUAGAAUAGAAGAAAAUAUGAGUGUAUUUGAUUGGUCAUUAAAUGAUGAAGAUAUGGCAAUAUUAGAUAAUUUCCCCGACAAAUCCUGCAAACCAUGGAACCCCUGUGAUGUCCCUUGGACAGAAUGAUAUCUAUUUAAAUCUGUUUUAUGACAUAUUGUAUUUAAAUCAAAGCAUAUAAUAAAAAAAAUUAUAAACAGAUUGGCACUUUUACAAGAUAAACGUCCACACUCAGUACUGUAGCAAACACUCAAAGCAUUAUGAUUUUCGUGACAAUUGUUGCAAUGAAAUACCGUGAUUUUCUAGUGAAAUAAAAACGAAUGUUUCACACGUGAAAUAAAUCUGUAUU